CUUCUCUAACUGUGGUGGGACAAAAGGGCGGCAAUAUUACUCUGCGGUGUAAUUCAAGCAACAGAGAGGAAUUAUACAUGGUUCUGACUUUUGGGUCCAAAACUGCUUAUGGUACUGGUCAGAGUAAAUAUUAUGAGCACCGUGUGCACAAGAGUGGCAACUGUGAGCUCAUUCUGCAAGACUUGAAGACCACUGAUGCUGGAAAAUAUAACUUAAACGUUUAUGCCAGCGGUCAACUACUAGGAAGCUACAUUUUUGACAUCUGUGUUAAUGUUAAUUUAACAGCACGGGUCGGCAAAGAAGUGAUGUUUGAUGAUCUGCCGCGUGAUGCUGAGAGCGUUGAGUGUUUAACGAACACCGGCUCGAUAGAUGUGUGGAGGAGAGAGCAGGGUGUCCUGACUGAUCGACUGACUGACAGUGAUGGUCACCUGAUCAUUAAAAACUUCACAUCAAGUGACGCUGGAACAUACAGAGUCCUGGACUCAACAGGAGGAGUCCUGGUCACCGUGACGCUCACAGAAUGGGGUACAGAAUCAAAGGACAAACAGGACAGCACACGUGAUGACAAAACUGAAAGCACUAAAAGAGUUUAUUUUUGUACUUGGAUUGUGAUUGGUGUUGUGGGGACUCUGAUUGCAUUUAUUGUCAUGAGACAUCAAUGUCGGAAAAGGACCGAGUCCCCAAUAUGUUAACUGUACAGGGGCCCAGAUCACCUAAUGACAGCAAUGGUUACUUUAGCAAUUAGUUCAUCUUCAGUGCCAACAGAGGAUCCUGUCAACAUAUCAUUCCUAACUGUAUCAGUUGAUUAAAUUGUACCUAAUGGUCACUUCAAUUUAAA